AUGCAGACCCGUGUCGAGGAGAGACGUGAAGUUGCGUCAGCGGACCCCGGCGAUGGAGAUAGCCUCGGGUCAGCUGCAGAGCGAGGUUCAGAUACCACAGCGUGUGACAGCCCCACUCGGGAUAUGAUGUCAAUAAACAUGUACAAAAUUUACGAUAAAUUCACUAAAGACCCUCGUCAACACCAAGUUAUCAAUACCGCUAGGAGUUUUAAAUCUGUCGUAGCAAUCUUCAACAGCAAGAUCUUGUUUCAAUUUAAUCUGACCUCCAUCCCUGAGUCAGAGGUGAUCUUGUCCGCAACAUUCCAUUUCCUGGACCAACAUGCACGUCCACGUGCGUGGAGAUGCAAACAUUCCCGCGGGGCCUCCUGUCGCAUGCAGCACCUACCGCUCGUACCUCCUGCACAAUUCAUCCUGAGGUCCACCUCCCCAAAUGCCGCCAUUCCCUCUCAUCUGGGGCACAUCAUUUUUGCCCCUAAUAGAAAGGGCUCUUGGCAGAUAAGAGAUAUGUCCUCUAUCAUCAAAGAGGCCCGUGCUCGGAAUGAGCUCCUGAUUUCAGCUGAGCUUCAGUUUGGCGAGAGGCCUCAGCGACGACAGGACUGCUUUUCUCCGCAUGGCUUGCCAUAUAUUUUGGUGUACGCUAAUGAUCUUUUAAUCACCGAGCCAAACAGUGUUGCCAUGAGCUUACAGAGGUACAACCCUUUUCCAGUUGCUGAGGAAAGAGGUGCCGGGCCACCCACUUACUCAACAGGGUCCAGGGUCAAAAGGGAGGCAGACCACUUACAGAAUAAUUAUCUUCCUGACUUCCAGUACAAUGAUCUAAAGAGCCAGGGCCUUUGGGAUAGCACUUACUUUCCACUAAAGCCAAAAUCUUCAUACAAAAGUGAAAGACAGGAUCAGGACAGUGGUGAUGAGCUAAACAGGUCUCAGGAACUGAAUUUCGAUGAGAAGACCAUGAAAAAGGCUCGACGCAAACAGUUGACUGAGCCACGAGCCUGUGCCAGACGGUAUCUGAGAGUAGACUUCGCAGACAUUGGCUGGAGCGAAUGGGUGUUGGCACCAAAAGCAUUUGAUGCCUACUACUGCGCAGGAACAUGUGGAUUCCCUAUUUCCAAGGUUGGGCGUCCAUCUAAUCAUGCGACUAUCCAGAGCAUUGUGAGGGCAGUGGGCAUUGUUCCUGGUGUUCCUGAACCCUGCUGUGUUCCUGAUAAGAUGAGUCCAUUGCCUGUUCUUUACUUAGACACCAGCAAAAAUAUGGUGGUAAAGGUCUACCACAGCAUGUCUGUGGAAACCUGUGCCUGUAGAUAACAGCAAUGAAUACCUCUAGACGAAUACCAUGGAUAAACCUACAAAACAAUGAACCCUCUGCAAGACAGAUAU